AUGCCACCUCGCAAGACUAAAAAGGGCAAGCAGCCUGCUACUCCCAUUAGUGGAAGGGUUGAAAAGUCGCAAAAGUCGAAGACUCAGAAAAAUACCAAGUUGAGCGAUAUCGCGCAAGAGGUUCAGCCUGCAGGGCAGAGUAUAAAAGGUGGAUUAACAAAAUUCAAGACUAGUCCAUCCUCUCAGUCUGUCUCUAGCGCAGAAAAUAGAUAUAAGGUCCUUGAUCUUGACACGUCUUAUGUUGGAAAGAUCAAAAUCACUAAAAAGGCCCCAAAGCCCCCACGUCACCGUAGAUGGAAGCACAAGGGAAAGGAGUCUCUAGAGAACCCGGCAGAGCUUCCCGAUGAUUGGACUGAUAGUGAGCCCGACCUAAGUGAUGAUGAUUAUGAUGCUCAGAUUGAGCGCUGUCAGGAAAGAAUCAAGGACAAUAUCAUGGUUUCACGGUUUGAAGCAAAGUUGGAAGCUUUGAAGGCGGAUAAAGCUGAGAAGGAAUUUUUGGUUGACUCAGAGCCUUACGGGCUUAGCUGGCCCGUUAUCCAACGCCUAAAUUCCCUCAAGCAGAUGGAGCAAGACCUGAGCAAGAAAGACCCUUAUAAACAGCUGGAAACCGUGCGAGCUAUCAUGCGGGCAUACCGAUAUAAGGAUCUUCAAUGGAAUCACGGCUUGGUCACGUACUGGGUCAAAGCUCGUCAGCUUUGUCAACCGCGCCCAUUCAAUUGGGAUGAGAUGGACCAGGUAAAGGAAAAUAAUGCAAAGGGGGAGAGCUUUUGGAUUGAGGGGGCAAGUUAA